GGAAGAGGGGGAGGGUGGAAGGCUGUUGCAUGAAACAAGCACACAAAGGAACAGGGCUGUGAGAGAGAGAGAGAAAAAUCAAGCAGGAAGCGGCAUCUCAGAGCCAGGGUGGCCGGGAAUGAGAUGAGAAUUAAAUAAACCUGAGCUGAAAUCCAGAGAGAUGUUUCAGGCUAAAAUUCCCACCACAGCGGCCACAGGUCAUGAAGCUGCUUGCAACCCCGGAGCCAGCGUUGUGCAAAGGUCAAAGUCUUUUAGCAUGAAGCCCCCAGUUAGAGAACUCUGCUCAUCCUGCCAGACGACCGUUUACCCCAUGGAGAGGCUGGUCGCUGACAAACAUAUCUUCCACAACCGAUGCUUUUGCUGUAAGCACUGCAGUACCAAACUGAGCCUGGGCUCCUAUGCCGCCCUGCAUGGAGAAUUUUACUGCAAGCCUCACUUCCAGCAACUAUUCAAAAGCAAAGGGAACUAUGAUGAAGGCUUCGGACGCCGGCCCCAUAAGGAUCUGUGGACCCACAAAGAACAGGAUGCACCUGGAGACAAGGCACCUUGAGGGUGCAGAAUAUUCAUCUCUCUAGGGGCUUAGCUUCUCGUCCACAAUGCACUUGGGGUGGAGUCAUGUGCCUCAUUGGUAGGGGGAGGGGGGUUCAAUGCAUAUAAAGGCACUUUCUAUAUGAUUACCAUGUACAGUUAGUCCUCCUAGUGGUGGGAGGGUUUAACUGCAAGAUGUCAGACACCACCUGGGCCAUGACAUUUUUUUUCUUUAAGCUUUGCUUUACCCCAUUAAAUUGCCCUUUUAAAUUCUAGGCCCAGGUGGCUUCUUGAAUGUGUCUGGUGGGAGCAGGGUGAAGGAGGGUAUGUAAAUUCAUAAUAAUAUUAUCCACAGAAGCAAGUGGGAGGUAAUUGCAUGGGCAUGUUUCAGUGGUUAGGGGGACCCCCCAACAGCUGCUGCCUUUUUAAUUUGGAAAUCUCAGGUGAAUAGCUGUACCCAUCGCACAGCAAGACCAUUGGUUAUUCAUUCCCCAGGGAUCCUGUUUUCCUAGGACAGGUCGGUAUGAAGACUUGGCAUUGCCAGUGAUAAGGGGCACUGCUCGGCAACCUCAGGGGAUAUGCUCCCAAUGUCGGAGUGGCACCUGGCGAUCUUUAUCCUUCACCUCCCUCCGGCCUUUAAAAAAAAAACAAAAAAAAAACUUCACCACUUUCUCUCUUUCUGCUGGAAAGGGAACCUGCAACAUUCCUUAACUCUGCCACUGCCGACCGAGGAUGUUUGACUCUGUCGGGUGAAGAGUUACCAAUACUCUGCACUGGGAUUGGGUUUUGUUUACAGACUGUUUUUAACAUAUCCCUGAGCCUUGAUUGUACAAUAAAAGCCUCUGUAGGA